CGUCCGAAAAUGUUUCAUUGGAUUCAAGCAAAAAUUUACGUUGAGAUUUAAAAAUGUGUUUUUCAUACGAUUGAAAAUUGUCCAAAAUUUGUAGUGCCCAACCUAGGCUGCGUCUGAGCGUUCGCAAUAGAUAACGAGCCCGUGCAUAAGCGUCCCGUUCACGAGUCCCACCGUGAAUCAUACGAAAGAUAACGGGCACUAUAAAUAUUCCAAUGAGAAGUAAUGCUCAAUUAACAACAACAACAAAUUCGCAAAUCAACAGCAAAAGUGCAAAGCAAAAACGAACUAAUCUAAAGUGUCAAACAGUAAAAUGAAAAAUUCUAAAGAUUAUAAAACCAAUAACAACAACAACAAGUUAACUACUUUGUCGCCCCAUUUUCUUUGGUGAUUAAAAAAAUGUUCAGUCAACUAUAACAAAUAAAUAAAUUCUGAAAUUCUACUUUUAUUUUCAAGCUUGAUUUGAUUUGAUUUUGUCUGUAAUUUUUUUGUGUGAAAAUUUUUAUUUGUGAUUCGUUGGAGAAAUUCUAUUCCAAAUUUCAUCCAUUGCCAUCAAAUCGACAGCGGCAAGCCAGCAAAAGACAUAGGAGCAGCAACAACAAUUGCAGCGUUAAAUUUAACCAACAAAUUGAACUAAAGUAAAUGCUGAAAAUUAACAACGACAACAAGAGAAUAAUUAUAAAAAUGUUCUAUAAAAUAAUAUAAAAUGUGUGUGAAAAACUUGACCACAUUUGUUAGUGUAAAAUUUCGUGCAAAAAAUUAUAUUUGUGUGUCUGCGUGCAAGAAAAAAAUUAUUGUUCUGUAAAAAGUGAACCGUCUAAAACGACAAAGCGAUUCCGAAAACCAACAUAUGACGACUCACCAUUUAAAUCAAACUAAUCUACUAACUAACCUAAAAUUACUUAAAACUAAAAAGUGUUACGACAUCGCAACCAUGACUGAGGAGAACAACAACAACAACAACACUAUUCAAAACAAUCAUAACACAAACAGCCAAAAGCUGGAUGACACAGGUGGCGGCGUCAGUGUCGACGAUCGCCUUGGUGAGACCUGCACAGAUGCCGUUCCCAUAAAAUUCCACACAGAUGUGGAAGUCAAGAAAAAACUCGUGCCCACUCUGACCAUUAAUUCCGAUACCGAGGAGGGUUUUCUUUCCACCUCGCCGGACAGUAAUAACGGUGAGCAACUGCCGCAUAAUAAAUGCAACAGCGCCAGCGUUACACUAACAGCCGAGUCCACAAUGGCCGCGCCGUUGCCACCGCCCGUGUGCCUCUGCACGAAUCCGGAGAGUUGUGUCACGUUGAAAAACAUUUUGGAUUCCUUCAAGUCACCACUCUCCGAAGAGCAGGCCUGGGCGCUGUUACACCAAUUCAUGCUGCUCUAUCGGCGUGUGGCUGCCACUGGGCAAAGACAUAUUUUCAACGAUCUGGAAAUACCAGAUGGCAUUGAGAAUUUGAAUUUACAUCGCGACGGUGCAGUGCAUUGCUCGUGGGCGGAUGAGGAGCGCAAAGUGAAGGAGCAGAAAAUACAGAGAGAAAGGGUGCUACAACAGCGGCAGGACAAAGAGUCCGGCAAGGAGGAGGCGAAUGCGGAGCCACAAGGUGAUGAUAAUCAUGUAUUUCUGGUGGCUUCGCACAAAAAGAUCCUUCGCAAAGUCGCAGUGAUUGUGUACACAGCUUUGGAUUACAACUUGGCAGUGGAUGAGCAGUGUCAAAUGUCACAUGAACUGGAGGAGCUGAUCACAUACAUGACAGCAGAAGAAAACGAUGAUGACUGCAUCGAUGAGGGCAUUGAUGAGGGCCACCAACGUUGGGAUGACGAAGGCGAUGAUGAGAAAUGGAAUGAAACCAAAGAAUUUGAUUUUGUGCUUGAGGCCUGCAAAAAUCAUGUUAAACCCACUGUACCUGAGGAGCAUUACAAAGCGGUCUGUCGCGCGCUGGUGACUGAAGCAAUCGAGUUGCGAAUAUUCCUGCAACAGGUCUUGAAUGACGGUGCCGACAAUCUCCAUUUGGAAGCCGAUUCACAAACAUCCAAACAGGAAUUAGCCAAACUAGGCUUCAACGAUUGGGCACGCUUCUGGGUGCAGGUGAUCGAUGAGCUUCGACGUGGCGUUCGUCUGAAGAAGAACAACUACUCUCGCACACCAAUCGAGUACGAAUUGACGCCCUACGAGAUUCUCAUGGAGGAUAUACGAACAAAAAAGUACCAACUGCGCAAGGUAAUGGUGAAUGGCGAUAUUCCGCCGCGCGUGAAGAAAGAUGCCCACGCUUUGAUACUGGAGUUCAUCAGGUCACGGCCGCCACUCAAAAAGGCGUCCGAACGUCAGCUUCCGCCACCCAUCAAACGCACACCAUCGCCACGCGAACAACUCAUGGACUCGAUACGAAAAGGACAAACACUGAAGCACAUACAGCCCCCAACACAGCCACGACUCAAGGAUCGAUUGCUCCCACCAACCACAACGCUAAUGACGACAACAACGCCAGCAGCCACAGCAACAGCACUAAUCAAUUCAUCAGCUGUAACAUCAAAAACAACAGCAGCAGCAGCGACAACAACAGCGCCAAUGGAACAUGCAACAGUGAAUGCACUGAAAUUGGCUGAGAACAUGGAACCACACACAACGCCGCGCUCCAAGCAGCGGCUAAUCAAAGUGGAUUUCUCGCUGUUGCAGGAUGAUGACAAUUUCUUUGAUGAGCCAACGUCAACUGUCAGAUAUGCCAACUGCAAUUCGGCCCACGUCGGUGUCUGCUCGCAGCCGCAAAUGCCUCCCUACCCGAUUGGCGGCUACAUGACGAUGGGUGGCGGCUAUGGUGGAGCCGUGAGCGGUGUAACUAAUCCGAAUAUUAAAAGCCAUGGACCCACAGCACAGCUGCCGUCAGCGCUAACUACAAGGGUGCUACGCCGAACAACCUACGACCUCGCCACCCAAUGCGAGUCGCGACGCGCCUCUCUACGCCGCCAUACUAUUGUCGGCUGCCAGAGCAAUUUUGAUGAGACUCACUCGAUGCCACCAUCGAGACCCGAAUCGCGCCAGUCAGAUGUGAGUUCUGUUGCUGGACCCGUUGGUGGCGUUAAUGCGGUUGCAGGCACAACUAAACAGGUACACAACAACUACAACCAGAUACAGCAGCAGCAGCAACUAAAGCAUUCCCAAAGCCCCAGCGCAUGCUGUCAUGAAAUGAGUGGCGGUGUGAGCGGCGCUGAAAGCAGCAAUUGCAGCCGUUCCUCAUCCUCGGUUGGCCCAUGGAGCAAGUCCUUUCUCGAUGAGAAAACCUGGAUCGACCGGGGUGACGAUCGUCUCUCGCUGACGCUGGAGGAGAUCGUGCACAUACGUUCGGUGAUGACGAAAGCCGAACUGGAAGGACUGCCCGUGGGUGUGCGUGUCAAGGAGGAUGUCGAAAAGCGCAAAGUCUGCUUCCUAUGCCUGCGUACACGUUUCUCCAUCUUCGGCCCGUGGGGCAUACAAUGCAAAUUGUGUCAACGAACUGUCUGCUCCAAAUGCUAUACCAAGAUGAGAAUACCAACGGAGCAUUUCCGCAAUGUGCCGCUUGUGCUGAUUUCGCCCUCAUUGCUCGCCAGUCCCGCCGGCUCGAGCACGCCAUCACCAUCACAUCACGCCCACCACACGCACUCGUCCUCAACAGGCAACAUCUUGGACGAGACGUUUCCGAAAUCGUUAAUUGAGCGUCUGUUGCGUUCCGAGUCAGAGCGUAAGACUCGCAACACUGUGGGCAGCGCUCCAUCAUCACCCAAACACCAAAGAUCCAACAUGAGUACACCCGGUACGACCCACAUUGUGGCCACCAGACCAGGCACCUGCGUGACCGGACAAGCCAUCGAGGCUGACGAUGCUUCCGCAAUGACAUCUUACAACAGCAACCUGGCAAACGGCGGUCACAGCAAUAUGCACGCCAACAACACAAAACACAUCAAUAUCAUGUCACGCAGCAUGGAAGGACCGCGCAGCUUGCCAGCCAACAGUCCUGCGCGCGCGCACUCCAACAGCAGCACCUUGGACCGGAAAACCAAAUUUUCGCGCGCCUUCACGCUAUCCUCCUCGGGUACCCAACUAAGCCAGGACCAGAAGGAGAACAUGCGCGGCGAGCUCGUCACCGUUUGCAAUGACUGCAAGGGACUUGUCAUGGAAAUCACGCGCUCUUCCAAACAGACACGCUCCUCGGCGCGCAAUCGUGCGCUACAAAAUCUCACGCUAGACCUCUCGCCAGUCUACAAAUGAAAGAGCAAACAAAAAACAGAAUACGGAAUACGGAAAGGCAGUGGCUAGAGAAAACAGCAGCAGGGCGGGUGUGCAGCAGUGCACGGCUGGAAAAGAACACUGUGGACGCUGUGGAAGGGAUUGAAUGAAUUGUAGGCUGCUUGAUUGUUGAGUCGGCUCGAUUAGUGGCAUGAAUUGACUUAACCACACUUCCAACUCACUCUUCCCCAGAUAAGCGUAAUUUUACAUACCUAAGCAAGCGAACACAUUUUGAACCAACGGCGACUCGUCAGCGUCGGCGAGUCGAAAAGUGUGGGCCACUAUUUGUAAAUAAACAACAACUAAACAAUUAAUUAAAAUAAUUGCAAUGUAUGAAUUUGGUUUUUAAACAAAAACAAAACAAAAAACUGAAGGAAACCCCUGUGUUGAAACGAACUUUGCUGAUUCUAACGAUAAUUAACUGUAAUUAUUAAGUUCCGAGAAUGCACCCCACCAUUACAUUGUAAAGAGAAAAUAUUAAUAUUUGGAAAUAUGUAUGUAUGUAUGUGUAGCUCUGUGCAGUUGCGGCACCACCAGUUGAUUAUUUGCGUUUGCGUUUGCCGUCAGGCGAUUUUGCAGUAAGCGCGCGGAGAAGCAGCUGGAAGUUAAAGAAAGACCACAGCUCUCUGUGCAUUGCAAGAAGGAACGGGGCGCUGAUGCUUGUAAAGUUUACACGAUUUCCUUCACUUUUAAUUUUUGAAUAUUAACUGUUUAGCCCGAAAAUUUUUCGUAAAUAUGCUUUAAAGUUUGAUAUGGUCAACCAAUUUUUGUCUUUUUUAGUACAUUUUAUUUAUGCAUUCGAUUUCAUUUGCUUUCUUCUGAAGAUUACUUAACUGUUUUAUUUGUUGGAAUUGAAACGCGGCGCACUGGAAGAUUUCAUAUUUCGUUUAAGGCCAUGUUUUUUUUUUUAAUAUUCCUACUCUUUAUUAUUAUAUUUUACGCGCGAUUUUCAUUGUCCCUGAUUGUGGUCGUGUGAGAAUCGUACAAAGAGAAAUGAAAAUGUUUGAUAUGUUUAGCUCGGACUCGCUCUUUCCUUUGUCUGCAGAAGAGAAAGUUAUAUUUAACAUUUUUUCAUAUUUUUCAUAUUUUCAUUUAUUUGUUAGUUUUUUUUUUUUGUUUUGUUUGUUUUGUUUUGUUUUUUUGACAUGACAUCUGCUGUUUCAUGCAUACCCUAAUGCUAAUAUUUUGUACACACGUGAUAAUGCUACGAACACUUACCGAUUAAUGUAUCUGUUAAAAUUUAGUUUUAAACGCAACGAAAAGGUAAACACUUACUUUUUUCACAAUUAAUUGAUUUAUAAUAUAAUUUGUAUGUACUGUACAGCUAAAGCAUUGUAUUAAUUUAUUGCGCUGCGCUGGCUAGUGACAGCAACGGACGAAUGUCGCUCUUACUAUUAACAUAAACAUAUUUAUACAUAACAUAGCAUAAUAAAACAUGGCACAACAGUACAUAACAUAACAUAGGAGAACAUAACAUAACAUUGCAAAACAUAACAUAACAUAGCAUACAGAAAAUACAUGCAUACAUACAUACGCUUUAGUUUAAUAAGACACAUACAUAUACCUACGUACAUUUAUUUUGUGAAAUCGCUUAAUUUUAGUUGUUAAUUGCAUUCUUAUUGGUAUUAACCCUGUUUUUGAUUAUCCUUUUUGUUUUGUUUUCGAGUGCAGUUUUAUGUUUUAAGUUUCGAUUUAGGUUUGUAAACAAGCCCACACACGACUUGAAAAAAACAUUACAAAUAUAUGAAAACAUUAGUAGUUAACAAAGAAACAAAAAUUAUUAUACAAUAAAAACCCAUAAUAAAAUGCUAAUAAGCCACAAAUGUACAAAGAACAAAUUAAGAAGAAGAAGAAAUGUAUAGGAAUACGAAAUUCUCAAAGCUUGUUUCGGAAAUAGCAAAUGAGUUUACUUCAAACAAAAGCGCGCAGCUCUUCACUUAACAGUGAGAAUCUGGAAAUGCAUAUGAAUAUGUGCAAACAUACAUAAACACACAUGCAUGUAUACAUGUAAAUGCGCGCUUCGUACUUUUUUGAACACUUUCAACUUAACGCAAGCAAUCGCUUGCCGAAAUAUUUGUUUUCAAAACAGAGUUUCUUCUAUUUCGCUCCUUUUCGCACGCACUAAAGCGUUGAGCUUUUCGUUACUACAUCCGAAGCAAGUUUUCGACAUUGAGUAGGUUCUGCAUCAAAAAUCAAGAAAAUAUUAAUUAUUGUAUCUACACUUAACUGCAAGUUAUCCAAAUGUUAAACAACAAAUGAGAAAAAUAAUAAUAUGAACUACUUACAAAAACAACAAAUACAUGCAUAGUUGUAUUUCAGCGGUCAGUAGGUGCAGGGGUGCAUAUGUACAGACUUAACUGUGCUGGAAAAAUAUAUCAAAUCAAAAGAAGUUCCACUUGUGCGCUAUUAACGCAUUUAUUAUUUAAACACAUUCACAUACAUAUGCACCGACAGGCGUCAAGCACACAUACAAACACAUGUACUUGUAUACAAAAUGGUGUUUUAAUUAUUUUAUAGAACAUCUCCUUGAGUUAAGUGUGUAAAAAAGCAGCAGCACCAAAAUAAAUUAAAUUUAAAUAAACAUAAAUAAAAUCAAAUAGAAUAACAGAAA